AGGGCCAAAGCAAAGAAGUCAGAAUAGAAACUGAAUAUUUUUCCUCUCCUUGCCCCACCUCUCUCUCUCUCUCUCUCUCUCGCUUUCACCUCUCUCUCUCUCACCACAACAAAACUCCCCUCUUUUGCAGUCCUUGGCCUGAAGCUGAACAGAGCUCCCUUCACUGAAGAAUCUUCUAACUUUUUCUUCUUACAUCAAAACAUGGAGCCGGUCUUUUAUUCAAGCAAGCUGAAUCUGCCACCUCCAGCUUAUGAACCUCAUCAUAUCGUAGAAUCUUUCUACCAGAACAGAACUAUGGACAAAGGCUAUCCAGUCCAGCAGCCAACCUCUUCUUUUGCCAGUGUACCUCCAUCCUAUUCCCACCAUGUCAUUGAACCACAAAGGAUGGAGCUGAUGCAGAAUCAGAACAUCUCAGCUCCACUGUGUCAAUCUACUGUGGUGACCAUAUCACCUGCUGAAUUACCCGUGAGAGAUCACUUGGUAUGGUCCAUUGCCAACAUCAUCCAUAUGAAUGUAUGCUGCCUCGGCUUGAUUGCACUAUUAUUCUCUGUCAAGAGUCGAGACCAGAAGUUGAUUGGAAACAGAACCAGAGCACAGAAUUAUGGAUCUAUAGCAAUGGCACUGAACAUCGCCGCUACUGUGAUAACCAGCAUCGUCAUCAUUUUCCUAAUUAUAUUUUUUAGCGUUAGGUCGUCUGUACCUUAUUAUUAGCUCUAAGAACGCUGCAAAAGUCAAAUCACCUUCUGUCCUAGAAUCUGCAGAAACCAGUCUUGCUGACUGAGCAUUUUACCUUUUGCCUUAUUGAUAGUAAUGAUAUUGAUAAAAUUGUCUGCUGCAGAAAAGUGCUACUCUUGUAUCUCCUGCUUGAGUUCAUUUAAUUAAUGCAUAAAAAUAAACCAUUGA